AUGAGUCGCUCGGCGCAGCACGACGCCGGGGACCAUGUCUCCACGGUGCGGUUCUAUAUCGCGCUAAUAAGUCUCAUAUGGUUCGUUGUAGUAUGGAUCGUAUGCGCCAUCGGCGUAACUCAGCUGUUCCGUUACUACUCGAGGCGCCCGCGUCCAGCAACGUGCUUGACCGCCGCGAACGAACCGGAUGUCCCACAUGUCACCAUCAUCCGGCCAGUCAAGGGCCUUGAACCUCGCCUAUACGAGUGCCUCGCUGCGACCUUCCGGCAGACGUACCCCGCAACCAAGAUCCACAAUGUGCUCUGCGUGUCCGAGCGGUCGGACCCUGCGAUGCCCAUACUUGAGAGGCUGCUGAGAGACUUUCCAAACGCGGAUGUGAAGAUUACGGUGGAAGAGGAAGAUCCUGUGUUGAAGGAGAACAAGAAUGCGCUGGGGCCGAAUCCGAAGAUCAGGAACAUGAGCCGCGCGUAUAGAGAGGCGAGGGAAGAUAGCAUUGUGUGGAUACUGGAUUGCAACGUCUGGGUCGGCAAGGGCGUGUGCGGGCGCAUGGUCGAUCUAUUGUGCGGCUACGGCGGCAACAUGAAGAACAAGUUCGUGCACCAAACGCCCUUGACUGUGGACCUGGACUCGCAGGCUCUCUCGACCGAGGAACGAGAGUUGCUCCUUGGCGGCGGAGAACAUGCGAUCGAUGCUGUGGACAUCGCCGAUAGCACGAGCUCCGACCCGCGCAAUCACUCUCGUGGCCGCUUCAGAAGACUUCUACAGCGAGGAGGAGGCAGACUAGACGAAGCGUUUCUCUCUAGCGCUCACGCAAAGUUCUACAAUGCUAUCAACACUGUGCUAGUGGCGCCCUGCGUCAUGGGAAAGAGCACCAUGUUCCGCCGCGCCCAGCUCAACUACGUAACCCCAGCCUCGUCCUCUCCUCGCCGUCUAUCAGGAAUUGACUUCUUCUCCGACAACAUCUGCGAAGACCACCUGAUCGGCGACGCCCUCUGGUACAAACCGCAAGCCUUCGAAGAGCCCGGCUACAAGCCUGGGCCUGGCGAGACAGUCGAGAAAUGGGGCAAGCACGCCAUGCUCUUCGGCGACUUCUGCUUCCAGCCUAUAUCGCACACCUCCGUCCCGGCGUGCAUCGACCGGCGCCUGCGCUGGCUGCGGGUGCGCAAGUUUACCGUCACAGCAGCCACAUUUGUAGAACCUGGAACCGAAUCCAUCCUCUGCUCUCUCUACGGCGCGUACGCGGUCACCACGCUUCCGUUCUUCUCCGCGUUCCUGCCACCAACUUUGUUGUCUUUCCUCCUAGUCUUCAUAGCUAGCAUGGCGCUCUGGUGCGCGGUCGACUACGUUCAGUACCUCCUCCUUCACUCGGCGAAGACCGUAGAGUUGGAUGAACACACGCCGGAUUUCAUCCUUCCCCAGCGCUCGAGGAGGGCCUAUCACAAUACGCCCUCUCUCGAACCUUUGCUCGGCGACAAGACGCCACGAGAGCCGAGUUUACUGGAUGGAGCGAGGCGGAGCUUCAGAGAGUGGUUCGCUGCGUGGGCCGGGCGAGAGGUUUCCGCGCUGCCUAUCUGGAUUGCUGCAUUCUACGGUGGCGUCACUGUGGAGUGGAGGGGAAAGAAGUUUUGGGUGGGCCUAGAUACGAAGGUGCAUGAGAUACUCGAUGAUAAGAAAGGAUAG